AAACCAUCAAAACUUCAGUUCUAGGGCGGUGGAAAAUGAAGUUCGAUAAGUUCUUGUUAGCCGUUUUCUUCGUGGGUCUCACCCUGUUAGCCCACCUCUCUCUCUCAAAACUCCCCUCAAGACUACGUUCGAGCCCACAACGCGGUUCGAGCCAAGGUUGGGGUGAGUCCAAUGACCUGGAACACUACAGUGGCAGCCUAUGCUCAAAAAUACGCCAAGAAAAGGAUUCGAGACUGCAACAUGGUGCAUUGUGAUGGCCCCUAUGGUUUUCCCGGAGUGCAAUCACGGAUUGAAGAAGGACUUUUGGUUUGGUGCAAUUACAUUGGCGCCGUCUGUGGGAAUCGAACUGAAAGCUUUCUAGUUGCUCUUCCAUCAUGGUUCACACUCGAUCAAUUCGAGCUGCUUCCACCUCAAGUCCCAAUUGUGUUCCCUCCUGUUGAUCAUGCAAAAGGAGGAGAUGAAAACCAACCUCAUGCCUCAGCUCACAAUUCAACUUCCACUGCCAACCAAGACAUAGUGACAGCUCAGCUUGCUGUCAUGCAGCAACAGUUCAGUGUUUUUCAGUUGGGUCAAUCUCAUAUAGCACCUGCUCAACAACCCAUCCCUGAUGAUGUUACUCGCCGCCUCGAUAGCUUGGAAAAGCUAGUGGCUGAACACCGAGGUGCUCCACCACCACACCAUGCUGUUGAUUCUAUACCUCACCCUCUGAAUACCAACAUUACACUGGAACCCUAUCCUGCUGGCUUCAAAAUACCACAACUGGAGACUUAUGACGGGACGAAGGAUCCCGAUGAUCAUUUGCAUGCUUUGUACUCUUGCAUGCAAGCUCAGAACGCCUCUGACGCGUUGAUGUGCAAGAUCUUCCCCUCUACUCUCCGAGGUAAUGCCCGAACUUGGUAUUACAGUUUACCUCCGAGGUCAAUUAGCUCUUAUACAGAAAUGGCAUCUGCCUUUGCCACUAAGUUUUCCAAUAGAAGGUUGAUUAGGAAAACUACUUCUGAGCUGAUGCGAGUUAAACAGAGGGAUGGAGAAUCUCUAAAGAACUAUAUGAGCAGGUUCAAUGAUGCAGUUUUAGAGGUUAGUUCCUUUGAUCAAGCUGUGGGAAUUGCAGCUGUGAUUUCUGGUCUCAAGCAUGACAGAUUCAGAGACAGUUUAAUCAAACAUGCUGCCACCACCUUUAGCGAGGUGAAUGAUAGGUCUCUCAAAUUUAUAACUGUUGAGGAAUACGCCCUGGCACAAAACCCACCUUCCUCUAAGAACCAGAACCCAGAUUGGAGAGAUGACAACUCAAGCAGGAAAAGGAUGAGGAUGGCGCAGAACCGAGGUCCGAUGUUGACCUCCCCAACGAGAGUCGAAAAGCCGAACUCAAUACCCCUGCAACAAUCUGCAGGUAAAUCUCCAGUUAAUUGGACUCCCUUUAAUCUGCCGAUGUCACAGAUUUUUAUGCAGAUUAAGAACAAAAUGGACUUGAGACGUCCUGACCCAAUGCGAACUGCUGCUGCUAGUCGAGACCAUACCAGAUAUUGUGAUUUUCACCAAGAUCACGGCUAUACUACAGAGCAGUGUAACAGUUUAAGGUCCGAACUAGAAAGUUUAGCUCAGAAAGGAAUGCUGAAUGAACAAGGUGUGGGAUAUCAGCAAGCCCCACCUCCGCUCCCACCACCAGCUAGAAUCAUACACAUGAUUACGGGAGGCCUUGAAGUAGGGGGGCUGAGCUCUAAACAGCGAAAGCUGUAUGUUAAAGAGGUUAAGCAUCAGAACCAAGCUCAGAAGCGGAAGAUUGACGAUGCUGAGUGGAAAACUCAACCCAUUACUUUCACAUUUGCUGAUCUUGAUACAGUUGUUACACCCCACAAUGAUCCCUUGGUCACUUCUGUCACAAUUAACAACUGUGAAGUACAGCGUGUCCUUAUUGAUACCGGAAGUACACCAGAUAUCAUGUACUUCCAUUGUUUCGAGAGUCUUGGGUUGGAUCCAACGUUGUUGCAGAAAUAUGAUGGUCCUAUUUAUGGCUUCAACAACCAACCUGUUCCGGUGGAAGGAGUUCUUACCCUCCAUGUGGCUUUUGGGAGUGGCCGGACCUAUGUAACCCCUUCAGUCCAAGCUGCUCUGGUCGAAGAUGUUGAAGAAGUGCUCAUUGAUGACAGAGAUCCGAGCCGAAAGACGCAAAUCGGAACUAGAUUGAACCCGCAAGAGAGAGCUGAGCUGAUAGCUUUUCUCCGAGCUAACAAUGAUGUAUUCGCAUGGACUUCGGCAGAUAUGCAAGGAAUUCCAAAAUCAGUGUCUCAACAUAAGCUCAGCACCAAUCCAUUGAAGAAACCAGUGGCCCAGAAGAGGCGUCUCUUCGGGGGGGAGAGACUUCAGGCUAUUAAAGAGGAGGUAGAGAAACUCCUACAAGCUGGUUUCGUCAGGAAAGUUGAUUACUGCGAAUGGGUGGCUAACCCAGUCCUGGUGAAGAAGGCAAACGGCAAUGAGAGGUUAAGCCUCUUGGAUGCAUAUUCUGGGUAUCACCAGGUGCCGAUGGCUCCUGAAGAUGAAGAGAAAACCUCGUUCUAUGCUGGCGAUGAAAUUUAUUGCUAUGUCAUGAUGUCGUUUGGCUUAAAGAACGCUAGUGCUACUUAUCAAAAAAUGGUGACCAUCGUCUUCCGAGCUCAGAUCGGCAAAAAUCUGGAGGUGUAUGUCGAUGACAUCGUAGUAAAGAGCCGGAAAGCAGAAGACCAUCUAACCGAUCUCGAUGAAACCUUCAAGCUCGAGGGCUUCAGCGAGGAUCUUGAGCUUUCGGAGGUCGUCAUGGAGGUUUACCUUGGAGUCUGCAAAGUGCUCCAAUUGGUUUUGCACAUCGACGGUGCUCUAAGAUUUCUUAAUGGCUUCCAAGAGAGAAAGGUCGUUGUCACCGUCGAGUGCGAUGGAGUUGUCCCGCUUGCGUUCUUAGGGUUUGCGACUUCCAUGGUGUUCAGAGCGGAGAUUGAGCCUCCAGAUCCAGCCUUUUACAAGGAAUUUCAAAGAUCGAAGGAACACCCUAUGACAUUGCAGUCACCCACCACUCCUUUCCUCCUCAAGCAUUGCUCUAGUCGUUUCCUCACUCCAUUGCCUAGGUUCGCGAUGAACUUAUGCUUGGAAUCGCGACGAACCCAGCGAACCCAGGCACUUGGGUUCACCUUUCCAAAUCUGAUUUCCAUAAGGCAAAGAGUGGCAGCUCUUCAUCGAUUCAUAUCGAAGUCAGCAGAUAAGUGCCUGCCAUUCUUCAAGAUCAUGUGGUCGGCUGCCCAGAAGGAUGAAUCAGGAAAACAGAAGAAAUUUGAAUGGAGUCAGGAGUGCCAGGCUGCAUUCGACGAGCUGAAGUCUUAUCUUAGCUCACCACCUCUACUGACUAAGGCUGUCGAUGGAGAGAUUCUUUACUUGUACCUGGGGAUUUUAGAUGAGGCCAUUAGUUCAGUUCUGUUGAGAGAGGAAGCCAAGCAACAGAAACCAAUCUAUUAUAUCAGCAGUUCACACCCAAUCAUCGUUCUCACAGAUCAACCUCUCGCGCAGAUUCUGCAGAAACCAGAAUGUUUCGGAAGAUUAAUUAAGUGGGCAGUAGAACUAGGAGAGUUUGAGAUAACGUUCCAGCAGAGAUCGGCCAUCCGAGCCCAAGCAUUAGUAGAUUUCAUUGUCGAAUGUACUCCAUGUCCUUCAACCUCUAAUCCAGAGCCCAACGAUUGGACCUUAUAUGUUGAUGGAGCAUCUAGUAGCAAGGGUUCAGGGGCCGGCGCUCGAUUGAUUGGUCCAGAGGGAUACCGAAGUGAACAUGCCCUGAAGUUUAACUUUGAUGCGACAAAUAACAUGGCUGAGUAUGAAGCUCUACUACUUGGUUUACAACUAGCGUUGGAGCUGAAAAUCAAUGCAAUUCAAGUGUACAGUGAUUCCCAACUGGUGGUAAACCAAAUCAACUCUAUCUGUGAAGUUGUUGAUCCUGUGAUGGUGAAGUAUGUAGCCUUGGUGGCCGAGCUGAAGUGCAAAUUCCAGAAAUUCUGUCUGAGUAAAAUCCCCCGAGCUGAGAAUGAACAGGCAUAUUCACUCUCCAAGUUUUCCUCUGAUAGCUCUUUAAGUUCCAGAUCCGUUUUUGUAGAGAUCUUAGAUGAACCAAGCUUCAUAAAGCCUCGGGUGAUGGAGAUUAGCACAAACCCAAACACGCUGAGCUGGACUGAUUCAAUCGUCUCCUUUUUGCGAGAUGGGAUAGUACUUGAAGAUAGGCAGGAGGCAAUGAAGUUGAGAAAGAAAGCAUCUCGGUAUACUCUCGUUGAUGGGGUCCUGUAUAAGAGAUCUUUCUCACUUCCUCUUGUACGGUGUUUAAACCCCUAUGAAGCUGAAUAUGCACUUCGAGAGGUGCAUGAAGGUGUCUAUGGGAGCCAUGUCGGUGCUAGGACUCUGGCUCACAAAGUCUUAAGGCAAGGAUAUUACUGGCCAAACAUGCAUAAAGAUGCCACUUACUUUGUUCAGAAAUGCUUGAAAUGUCAAUUCUUCGCACAUCUGACUCACCAACCGGCAGAAGAACUCACGAACAUGGUAGCACCGUGGCCAUUUGCUCAGUGGGGAUUGGAUCUUUUAGGCCCAUUCGUGAAAGGGGUUGGUGGUAUAACCCAUCUGGUUGUUGGUGUGGAUUAUUUCACAAAGUGGGUAGAAGCUCGGCCUUUAUCUAGUCUUACCUCUGAGAAAGUCGAAGGUUUUGUUUUCAACUUGAUCAUCUGCAGAUAUGGGAUCCCGAAUCAGAUUGUGGCUGAUAAUGGAACUCAAUUCAAUUGCUCUUCAUUCCGAGAUUUCUGUUCCAGUUAUGGGAUCAAAUUACAAUUCACCUCCGUCUACCAUCCGGAGUCCAAUGGCAUGGUUGAAUCUGUUAACAAAUGCAUUUUAGAAGGUAUAAAGCCGAGAUUGGAACAACAUAAGGCCAAGUGGGUAGACGAGCUCAACAACGUCCUCUAGGCAUACAGAACCACGAGCCGAACUGCCACAGGUGAAACAUCCUACCACUUGGCCUUUGGUACCGAAGCAGUCAUUCCUGUUGAAAUAGGAGUCCCAAGCCUCCGGGUUACCCAUUUCGAUGAAGGACGAAAUGGACAACUGCUUCGGGAAAACCUUGAUCUGCUUACUGAAGUCAGAGAAGAAGCUCGGCUUCGAACUCUUGUAUACAAGCAGAAACUAGCCAACUUCUACAAUAAAUGAGUUCACCCUCG